UUUAAAUGUUAGUGCUCAUAAUCUGACACAUUGAGCUCCUUGAAAACCUCACUCUCUCGAACCCUUUACUCUAGCAUCUCACUCUCUCGUUGCCACUGCGCCGCCACCUAUCAACCACCGUGUCACCGCCUGUCCGCCGCCGCCUUUCCAUCAUUGCCUUCUUCCGCGUGAGCCAAAUUGCCCUCUUUUCCUCACCUUCUUCUCUCGUUUCACAUCACCGUUCAGCUACUGGUUUCUGCGCUCGCGCGCAUUUCAAGCGUUAAGCAGCUGAUAAGAAUUGGCGGCUAGUCGCAGCAACAACAACGAUACCAUUACCAUUACCAUGUCGUGCGAACCCUUACCAUUAAUGGCAACCCCACUCCAGUUUCAGAGGCCAGCCAUUGAUGAUGGUGAUGCUCAAAACCAACACAAUCCCAUGGAAUUCCAGAUUCUCACUUCGUCACAUUUUCGGCUUCCCGAUGGCUGGGUUGUUGAGGAAAGGCCCCGUGCCUCUAACCCUUCUCACGUUGACAGGUAUUACUAUGAACCAGGCACCAGAAGGCAGUUUCGUUCUUUGUUAUCUGUUAAGAGACAUCUAACAGGAGAAACAAGAGACUGUGUUAUUUCUAAGAGAAAGAAUUUUAUUGAAUCUGGGUCUGGACAGCAGUGGAAUUCCUUGAGAGCUGUUGAGAAUUUCUUAUCAGGAGAAAAUGCUUGUACAGCAACACCCAAGUCAGCAGUGAAAUCAGGCACUGGAGAGAAAAGAGCUUGUGGUGUGAGAAGUGUCCGAAAACCUGUCCAUAAACGCUUUUCAGCAGCAGAUGAGAAAAUGACUCCAAAGUACUUGAAACACUCUAUUCAAUCUGCACUUCCUGAGAAACCGGAUUCUCAGAAGAAAACCAAGUUGGAGAAGGACAACAGAGCUUCCAUGCAUAACUUAACAGCACCACCCCCUGCAAAAGUAAGCUGGGUUCUGUCUGGUCCGGGGGGGUUCUGGAGCCCUUCCCUUGACGAUUCCAUUGUACCAGAAUCUGAAAAGCUGAAAUGGUCCGAAGCAUUUGUACUAUCCAUCCAUAAUGAUGGAGUUACUAAUAGCUGAGCUUUGCAGAGUUCACAAUGGAGAUGACUGGAAAUAUUGAUGAGCAUGUGCUGAUACCAUGUAGCUUAUUUUGUAGAUGGGAAUAGGAUUAUCCAAGUGACGUAUGUUACCCUAUAUGCAGAUAUUGUGCUAUUUCACUGAUUAUAAUGAUUUAGGUUCUAUCACUAUAAUCUUGGUACUUUUAACUUUUUCGGCAACUCACUCGAAAUCUAAUCUCUGGAAUUUGUGACUUGUCUGUCCUGUAAGAACACAAAGUUGAAGGCAUACGUUGAUUCCAUCUCUUU